AGCAGAAAUACUUCAAUGGUGUACCUGCAAAUGAGAUUAGGACAACUUCUCCUGUAUCUUACAUGACUGAUGAACAGUGGAGGGCAUUAGUUGCAAAGUGGUCUGAUCCAAAGAACAUGGAAAUAAGUGAAAAGAACAAGCAGAACCGCAGUCAAGUCAAGUUUCAUCAGGCUACGGGUUCUCGCUGCUAUGUGGCACACUUACAUGCAUAUAAGCAGAAGAGAAACCGAGAAGAACCCAACUUAGAUCAGACUGAAGAACUAGAUGCGGUGGACGCCUUCAAGACCUGCCAUACCAGCUCCAAACGUGGCCUGAGUGAACCGGCAAGAGAAGCACUUGUAAGUUCAUUUGUUUGCUUUAUUUAGUGUAUUUUUUAUGAGAUCAUAUGAGGGAGGCUAGCUGUGGGUCGAUGGAACGAAGGGGAGUGAGAUCGAUGAGUGAGAUCGCCUGUCCCAUCCCAGGGGAGUUCAGAUUUUUUGACUUCGUAUGAUUCGUUCGUGCCAAGAGCUUAGGGAGGCUACAAUUUGUGAAAAUGCAAUUUCAUCUAGUAGUGAAUCGAUCUGCCAUCAAAUUAUUACCUCCAUUUGUCUGCUAGAUAAAGUUGUCCUUGGCUUUGGCCAUCAAAUUAUUACCUCCAUUUGUCUGCCAUCAAAUUUCUUAAAUGAAAGUAAAUAUCAUAGUCUAUUUUUUGUAGGACCCGUGCACUAGAAAUGUAUAGCUUUUAGAGUCUUUGUUAAGCAAAUCUUCUUACAAAACCUAUGGUUCUCUGGAACAGUCUUUAGCAUACAGAGUUUUUAUGAAGGUUGUUUGAUAGACAAAGCUAUCAGUGACCGUGUUAUUGCUUCUUUGUAAAUGCAGAGUAUGCCAA